GAGGCGGUUGUGGUGGUGAUGGUGGUGAUGGAGUAGUAGGAGGAGGGAUAAAGAUGAUGAGGAAGAUGAAAUUUGUCGAUUUGUUUGUUUUCCAUUAAUUGAAGAAACUUUUUUUUUCUAUCUCAUCAUGUCCAUUACAUUUUAACUAUUAGUUAAUUGUUGACUUUUAAUUGUGAUUAUUUGGUGUGUUUAUGUGUUUUCAGUGAUUUGGAUUAACAUUAACAAUUCCUAUUGUGAUUAUUGAUGAUUUACAAUCAAACAAUCAAAAAUGAGAGACGAUGUUAAUUGGUUAACAUGGUUUCACCGAUGGACAAUUAAUCAAUUGAUUGUAGUUGGUUUAAUCUUAUUAUCUUCUAAUUGUUGUGUUAAUUAUUCAAAUGGUUUUAAAUAUAUUUCAUUGGAUUCAACAAAUCAACGGAUUAAUGUUACUCUGGAUCCGGAAUUUGAUCAAUUAAAUAAUACGAUUACGGAUAAUACAAUUACGGAUAAUGAUUCAGAGGAAGGACAUGCAAAAGUCGUUAAAACAAUUUCAACUCUACUUGCUGAAUCGUUGAAUAAAAGUAUUGGUCAUUUUCAAUAUAUUCAAGAUGUGGAUCUUAAUCAUAACAAUCAAGGUUCAUCUGAAUCAUCUGAAGAAUCAGAAUCAUCAGAAUCAAGUGGAUUAAGAUUACCAUUAAUCUCAAAUAAAUCAUCUGAUAAAAAAGUCCCAUGUUCAAAUAAGAUAUCAAAAUCUAAUCGCAAUGAUUCUUCAAGUGAAUCAGUUAUUCUGGAUUAUCCAACAGAAAAUGGUUAUAAUAAUUCAAUUUUAUCAGUUACAUUAACAUCAUCAUCAUCUAAAAGUGUAGCAGAUCAACAAGAAGAUGAAAUUAAAUCAACAUCAUCCUCAUCCUCAUCUCCAUCAUCAUCAGACUUUAAUCCAACUAAUCUGGUUACUCAGGUCACUGGCUUAUCAAAAUCAACGGUUAACCGGAAUAUCGGUUCAAUAUAUUACGACGAGGAUGAGGACGAUGAUACUGAAGAUGAAGAUGGCGAAAAUGAUGAAAAUGAAGAUAAUCAACAAUUUAAUCGUAAUCACAAUUAUAACAGUGAUAAGAUUAAUUUACGAAACUAUUUUAAAUUGAAAACUAAAUCAUCUUCACCAAUAGAAACGGUAACUAAUCCAUCACCAGUUUAUCAACCUGAAGGAUAUGAUGAAUCAAGGGAAUUGAUUAAAACUCGAGAAACCAAUAUCAAGAUUAAAGGUGAUCAUGGAUUAAUUAAGUCUAAUCAUGAUAGAAAAAAAUUAUCAAACAAUAGAAAAGGUAAAAAAGUUAAUAGUAAUUCAAUCAAUAAUACAACACAAUUUAUCUGUAUUAAAGUAAUUGAUGGUAAGGUAAAUUCACCGAUUUUGGCUAAGCAAAUUUACCCACAAUUAAAAGAGUCUUCAUUAAUUAUGCCAACAAUUCCGAAGAUUCCUAUGAGUUAUCAAUCAUAUAAACGUUAUUUAGUUAACAAUGAGACAGCAGCAACAAUUAACGGUAAACAAUUAAGUUACAAUGGAGAUGGAAACAGUUCCAAUUUGAAUGGAACAGAAAAAUCAACUCAAAAUGGAAACACAAUUAACGUUAGAAGAGGUAAAACUUAUUCGCAACGUUAUUAUCCCGUUAAUUUGGUUUCUCUUGAUUCAAUUAAAUCAUUGGAUAGUGUUAAUUAUACCUUAACCUCUACUCUCUCAUUUGGUGACAAUGUUAAUUCAUCAUCUUCAGAUUAUUAUGUUGGCAAUAAUCAAAGAAGGAUAAGUUCAACAAUUAAUGAGACAAGUUCAUCUUCGGAUAUUGAUUAUGGGUAUCGAUCGGGUUCCAGUGAUAAAAAGGUCACUUUUAAACCGAUCACUUAUAAGACGACGGUGAUUAUACCAAAAAUAACCACGACCACAGUUUCAUUGUCCACUAAUUAUCCUAAAUUGUCCAGUGAAUCGACAACCAAAAUGACACCAACAACAGCCCAAAGCACAACCACCACUCCGAUGCCUUCCACCUCGGUGGUUACUUCAUCUUCAUCUUCAUUGUCUUUAGCUGAUAUUCCUGAAUUACUUUCUAAUAAGAUUGCCCUUGAAGCUAAAAAUAAAAGCAAACAGUCAAAGGUUGGAGGUAAAGGUAAAGAUCAUCAUUAUCAUACUAAAGAAUCAAAAUCUUUGGGUUAUCAUAAUGCUAAUAAGAAAGGUGAUAAAUCAAAUAAAAAAGAGAUUCAAUUGAUAAACUUGGGAAGUUCAAUAUCACCUCAACGAUUUAUUUCAAGUCGAAUACGUUUUCCUGAUCCUAAUGAGCCUCAAUUAUCACCAACACCACUUUCAUCAAUUGAUUCAUCUUUUGAUUCCUUUGAAUUAACUCAACCACCAGAGGAACCGAUAAUUAUACCCAAUUCACUUAUACGUCCAACCUUUGGUCUUACAACAAUUGGACAAUCACACCAUCAACAAUUAACUGCCCCAAAUCUUAAUCCUUAUACUAAUUACCAACAAAAUCCACACAAUUAUCAUCAUCAUCUUAAUCCCAUUCACCAUCAUCACUCACAUCAACAACAACAACAACAACAACAAUCACACCAGCAGCAACGACCAAUUCAACAGCAGAUUCAAUUUUCACCUCAACAAUUAACAAUUAACAACCAGCAACCAGUUACAUCUAAUCAAUACAAUUUAAACCCAGAAAUCAUACCAACUAGUACAUUGGUACCAAAUGAUUUAACUGAAAGUCCAUUGAUUGGAUUAAUUAGUCCACUUAGUUCAUCGUACAAAGGAUUAGCGUCCAAAAUCAAAUCAGCAAUUAACUUUUCAACUAAACAACAACAAUCUCAACCUCUACCAUCACAAUCAUCUCAACAACAGAAACAACCUCAAGUCCAAUCAACGGCUCAAAUUUAUCAACACAAUCAUCAAGCUCAUAAUCCUUAUCCAUUUAAUUACAAUUCAUAUGAACAACCAACUGGAUACGAGACAAUUUAUGGUAAAUUAAAUUCACCUGAUUUACUUUACACUUAUGAUCCUCGAUUAACAGGUAAUUACAACAAACCAGAAAGUAAUUUAGUCCAACCUUAUCUGACCAAUGUCCAAGGAUCAUUUGUCCGUCAACCAGCAUCUAAAUUACUGCGACAAUAUCAAGCUUUGGUUACGAGCGCUUCGUCAAUUGUUCAACGUCAUCCGCCUCAGGCAAUUAGUCCAACUAAUCAUUUACCUCAUCAUCGACAGCAGCAGCAACAAAAUCACCAUCACCAUCAACCUCAAUCACAAUCAAAUCGUCAACAAUCAACGUUAAUCUCUCAAUCAUCACCAACAUUUUAUCCUGUUUUUCAACCGGUUCAAAGUUUACCUUUGAAUCCACAUUCAUUUGUUUCUGAUGCUCAUCAAAUUGCACAAUUUAACUCCGCUUACAAUCAUCCAGUUAAUCAUCAUCUUCUCAAUAAUCAACAGUUAAGACCUUCGGGGGAAAUUUUAUCGUUACAUCAUCGUAAUAGAUUACAAGUAAAUCAUCUUACACCAAUUGAAUCAAUAUCUUCAUCAUCGUCACAAUCAAAGGUAAUAAGAGAUACACCAGGAGGAGCAAUUAAUAAAGAUGAAGGUGAAAUUAUCGGUAUAUCAUCUUCCUCAUCUUCAUCAUCUUCACCACUUUCAACUGAUGAAACUGAUAAACAAUCAAUUCAAUCAUCAACAGUUUCAUCGUCAAAUCGUAAAAGUAACAAGUCGAAAACAGGUUCAUCUCGAAAUCGCAAUUCAAAGUCUAAAAGUAAACGGAAAAGUCGCCGAAGCAGUUUAACGUAUUCACCAUUAAUGAGCAUAGUCAACUCAUCAUCUUCUUCAUCCUCAUCAUCACCAAAUACCAGAACUAAUUAUAAUCCGUGUUCAUCAACAAAUUGUCAACAAUCAACUGGUGGUCUAUUGUUUAAUCCAAGUCGAUCAGUUAAAUUUGAAUUGAGAGAUGCGUUACCUUGAUUAACAAUUACCUCGAGAAUCAAUUAAAUUGUAUAAAAAAAAAUUUCACUUCAUUUAUCAAAUAAAAUAUAAAAUAAAAUAAGAAAAAAGUUUUCAAAAGUAACAAUUAACUAGAUAAUCGUUAAUUAUUAAAGUUGAUUAACAAUUAGAUAACAACUUGGGUGUAAGCCUUAAAUUGUAAUUCAACAUUUAAUCAACAAUUAAUUAACUUUUACUUUCUCAUCUGUUCAAAGUACAAAAGAUGAGAAACUAAUUAAGAUUAAAUUGAUUAGAUUGAAAGGUUUUUCUGUUUCCACUCAUAAUCUCAUCUCGUAUCAAAUCAAUUUAAUUUAAAGAUUAUAAUGAUUAGUGGGAUUAAGAAAAACAAAAGCCCGAGAGAUGUUUAAUUAUAAAUGAAAUUAAUUUUCGUUUAAGACUAAUUAGGAUUAGUUUUUUUUGAUAACCAACGGUUAACAUUUUUGUUUAUUUUUUUAUUAAUAUAAAUAAUACUAACAUCAAAGUUGAAAGCAUUCCAAUAUACAUUAAUUGUUGAAUAUCAUUUAAUAAUCUGAGUGAUGAUCAUUGGUUAUUGAUCAUCACUAAUUGUUAGAAUGGAUUCAACAAUGUGUUUAUACUUGAAACACAAUUAACGCAACUUUUUUUCUUGGUAUUUUUUUUAUGGACAAUUAACAUGCCUUUAAAGCAAAGAAAUGUUAAUUGUCCUUAAA